UUGGCGCUGAAAAAAAGAAGGUAGCAGCCAAUAGGCAUGGCGGUUGGAGCUCUCUCUCGCCCAUUCACCACCAUCUCUUCCCUCUCUCAUUCCGACACUCCCACCUCUAGACCUCCUCCUCCUCCUCCUCCUCCAUUCCUCAACUUCCGCACUGCACAUUACCACAACCUCCGUUACCUCAAAUCCCUCCGCCUCCUCGAUUCCCAUAGUACAAAGCUCCGAUCUCCCGAUGCCGUCCAUAGUAUCCUCGCCACCGUCCAUUUCCUCAAGUCCAAGGGCUUCUCCGACUCCGACUUCCCCACACUCGCCUUCCUCUGCCCCCAACUCUUCUCUCCCGACUUUGAACCCACCGACAUUGCUCCUGUCUUCGACUUCUUGGCUGCCGAUCUAUCUGCUUCCAUCCAAGAAUCACGUGGCAUGAUCCUCCGCUGCCCUAAGCUUCUCUUCUCCGACGUCGAGUUGUGUCUCCGGCCAACGCUCAGAUUCCUGAAGCAAAUAGGGAUCGAGAAUCUGAACACGCCCAGCAAUCUGAAAUCGCACCUGUUGAAUACUCGGGUGGAGAAGCUGAGAGGCAAAUUCAGAUUCUUGCAGGAGUUGGGAUUCUCGCACGAGGAGGCAGCAAAGGUAUGCAGGAGAAUGCCAGCGCUAUUCGGGUACAGUGUAGAGGAGAAUUUGAGGCCAAAGUAUGAGUAUUUGGUGAAUGAAAUGGAGAGAGAUGUGGAGGAACUGAAAGAGUUCCCGCAGUACUUUGCAUUCAGUUUGGAGAGACGAAUAGCGCCAAGGCAUUUGCAUCUCAAACAAAGGAACCUUAGAAUUCCACUCCACAGAAUGCUCUUGUGGAGUGACCAAAAAUUUUACACCAAAUGGAAAUGAAUUGAGACUUAUGAUAUGUAAAUGUUUUGUUGGUUUAUAUUCAACUCAUAAUUCCUUCAAA